AUGGAAGACGAUAGGAUUAGCAACUUACCGGAUGACCUUCUCUGCCACAUACUCUCUUUUCUCCGAACAAAGCAAUCCGUUGCAACAAGCAUUCUUUCAUGUAAGUGGAAAUCACUGUGGCGUUCAGUCCCCACCCUGGAUUUGAACUAUGGCCCCAGCAAUUAUACCAAAGAGGGUUAUGACCACUUUAUUCAGACCGUUGUUGCUGUUAUCCAAACACUAGAUCUCCAUCAACCCAUAAAAAAAUUCCGCCUCAGAUUUACCUCAUAUGAUGAUGAGUCUACUAAUAUCAACGCUUGGGUCAAUAGUGUUGUUCAACGCGGAGUUCAGCACAUUGAUCUUUCCAUAUGCUUUCUCCAGUACCUUGAACAACGUCCCUCCACCAACUUGUCUGCCAUCUUCACUUGCAGUACACUUGUGGUUCUCAAGUUGGAGUGGUUAGAGUUGACAGAGUUGAAACCUUUUUCCUCUAUUAAUCUCCCCUUGCUUAAAGUUCUGCAUCUAGAUUUAGUGGCUUUCUCAGAACUCCAAUGUCUCACCCAGCUUCUUUCUGGAUGUCCUGUUCUUGAAGAAUUUAUAGCAAGGUGUCCAAUUUUCUAUAACGACACCACUGGCAGCAACAGGGAAUUGAAAACCUUACCCAAGUUAGUUAAAGCAGAUAUUUCAACACGUUUUUCGCUCAUGGAAGCGGUUAAAAAUGUGGAGUUUUUGCGAAUUUAUGAGAUGCAGCGUUUACGCCGACAUGAUGAUGGUGAAGGCGCAGGCCCCUACGGUUUUCCCAAAUUUCACAAUUUGACCCAUAUUGAACUUGAGUAUAACUGCCGCAUUAGUGAUUGGUUAACGGUAGUAGAAUUGCUCAAGCAUUGCCCCAAACUUCAAGUUCUAGUCAUUAACCAGUCAUGUUUGCCUGAUGACUUCGGAGAAGUAGUAGAAGACUGGGAAUACCCUCCAUCUGUUCCUGAAAGCAUUCAAUUAUGCCUUAAAUGUACUUCAAAGGAAAAGAAUCUUGUAUUGAAUUUUAAAUUAAUCGAACUUGUUAUUUACUUAUGGUUAGUUGUGAACUUGAUAUAG